UCUCUCUCCCCUCUACACUUUUAAAUACACCACACCCCUCCCUUCUCCCCUCAAGCACUGAACUCAAACGCGAUCCCCUGAUCUGGCCUCCUCCCUCCUCGUCUUCCUCCUCCCGCUCGCACUCCAGAGCCCCGAGCGAGGCUGCCGCCUGCAACGGCCGCGAGCACCAUGGAGGGCGGCGCGCGGGACGCGGAGCGGUGGGAGGGGUACGUGGACUGGCGGAACCGACCGGCGACGAGGGGCCGGCACGGCGGCAUGCUCGCGGCCUCCUUCGUGCUCGUGGUGGAGGUGCUUGAGAACCUGGCGUUCCUGGCGAACGCGAGCAACCUGGUGACCUACCUGAUGCGGUUCAUGCACUACUCGCCGUCGCAGUCGGCGACGGCGGUGACCAACUUCAUGGGCACGGCGUUCCUGCUCGCGCUCCUCGGCGGCUUCCUCUCCGACGCCUUCUUCACCACCUACACCAUCUACAUCGUCAGCGCCUUCAUCGAGUUCACGGGGCUGGUGAUCCUGUUGGUGCAGGCGCGGACGCCGUCGCUGAUGCCGCCGCAGUGCGCCAAGGCGCCGUGCGAGCCCGUGUCGGGCGCCAAGAAGGCGAUGCUGUUCGCGGGGCUGUACGUAACGGCGCUGGGCAUCGGCGGGAUCAAGGGCUCGCUGCCCUCCCACGGCGCGGAGCAGUUCGACGAGCACGCGCCGCGGGGCCGCAAGGGCCGCUCCACCUUCUUCAACUACUUCGUCUUCUGCCUCUCCGUCGGCGCGCUCAUCGCCGUCACCUUCGCCGUCUGGGUCGAGGACAACAAGGGGUGGCAAUGGGGGUUCGGCAUCUCCACCAUAGCCAUCCUCCUCUCCAUCCCGGUCUUCGCCGCGGGAUACGGGAUGUACCGGAACAAGGUGCCCACGGGGAGCCCGCUCACCACCAUCGCCAAGGUCCUCCUCGCGGCGGCUCUCGCGCGGCGCGGCGGAGCGCAGAGCGCCAGCAACGGCGCCGUCAUCGACCGGGCGCCCAGCCCCACGGGGAGCACCGACAUGAAGGAGUACUGCAAGACCGGCGAGAUGGGGGUCAUCUCCGACGCCGCCGCGGCCGCCGGUGAUGAGCCGGCCGAGCCGUCGCGGGAGCUCGCGUUCCUGAACCGCGCCGCGCAGUGCCAGGCGCCGCCGAACGGGCUGCUCGCGUGCACGGUGCAGGAGGUGGAGGACGUCAAGAUCGUGCUCAUGGUUCUGCCCAUCUUCUUCUCCACCAUCAUGCUCAACUGCUGCCUGGCGCAGCUGUCCACGUUCUCGGUCGAGCAGGCGGCCACCAUGGACACGCGGGUGGGCAAGCUCACCGUGCCGCCAGCGUCGCUCCCCGUGUUCCCGGUCACCUUCAUCAUCCUCCUCGCGCCCGUCUACGACCACGUCAUCAUCCCCUUCGCGCGCCGCGUGACGGGGACCGAGAUGGGCAUCAGCCACCUCCAGCGCAUCGGCACCGGGCUCGUCCUCUCCAUCGUCGCCAUGGCGGUGGCCGCCGUCGUCGAGGUGAAGCGCAAGAACGUUGCCGCCGACAACGGGAUGCUGGACUCGGCCAAGCCCCUGCCCAUCAGCUUCUUCUGGAUCGCGUUCCAGUACUUGUUCCUGGGGUCGGCGGACCUGUUCACGCUGGCGGGGCUGCUCGAGUUCUUCUUCAGCGAGGCGCCGUCGCGGAUGCGCUCGAUGGCGACGUCGCUGUCGUGGGCGUCGCUGGCGCUGGGAUACUACCUCAGCUCCGUGCUGGUGUCCAUCGUGAACAGCGCGACGGCGCACGGCGGGCACCGGCCGUGGCUGCAGGGUGCCAGCCUGAACCACUACCACCUGGAGCGGUUCUACUGGGUCAUGUGCGUGCUCAGCACCCUCAACUACCUCGUCUUCUUGUUCUGGGCCAUCAGGUACAAGUACAGAAACGCUGGGGUCAUCAAAGGGUAAUGCCAUUGUCAAAUAGGCAUUGCCGUUGAUCGGAUCGCCAUGGUAGCGAGAAGAGAACUGCUGGGUGUAACUGUUUAUAUUGGUGGCAAGGAGGGAGUCAAAAAAAGAAGUACUAGGUUCAUUUCUGCAGGAUGUGGGGAUUAUAUUGGUGGUGGUUAUGAGGCUGUCAUGAAUUUGGUUGAUUGGUUCAUCCACAAGUAAAUCAACAAGAGGUGGUUCAGUUAAUCUGA